AUGGGCAAUUCAAAUACAACAUUCGUUCUCAUAGCCGAGGCGAUCUUGAGGGAAAACAUGACCGAGGGCGAUAAAUUAUAUGUGAACAACAUAAACGAAAGUACCGACAAAUUCACCAUGCUUGGUUAUGGUUGUUCCUCCAAAGUUAAUCUUUCGAGACGGUCAUGUUCUUGUAUAAAGUACGACUUGGUGAAAUUGUCAUGCGCUCAUGCAAUGGCAGCGUUGAAUUUAAAGCACGGGGACGAAUAUGACACUAGCAUUUACAACUACUCUUCGCAAAUAUAUUCGAAAGAAUCAUACCUCCUUGCAAAUUUGGAACCUAUUUGUGAAGCACCACUGAAGUCGGAGUGGAGUGUGGCACGAGAGUAUCUAGAAAUGUACGUUCUUCCACCCGAUUUUGAUCUCAAACUCGAAAGGAGGAAGGUGAAACGCGUUAAGGGUGUGUUGGAGCCUUCAAGGUACAAGAAAAGAAACAAGUGCUCCAAGUGCAAAAGGCCGGGACAUAAGAGAACAACAUGCAGCCUUAACGUAGGAUAA